AUGAAGCUCAAGUCCUCCAUUGCUGAACUUAUCUUCCUUUUCCCUAUACUCCCUUUCUUAUUUUCCUCAGUCAUUGCUGACCUCAACUCUGAUAAACAAGCCCUCCUUGACUUUGCUGCCAAUGUCUUUCAUACACAAAAACUCAACUGGAAUGGUUCUACACCAGUUUGCUCCUCUUGGAUUGGAAUCACUUGCAAUCUAAACCACACCAGUGUGAUUGACAUACAUCUUCCUGCCAUUGGACUCUUUGGCUCAAUCCCAAACAACACUAUUGGAAAGCUUGAUGCUCUUAGAGUCCUUAGCCUCCACUCCAACUUUCUCAAUGGAACUCUUCCUUCUGAUGUUCUGUCUAUUCCUUCAUUGAAAUAUCUCUACCUCCAAAACAACAACUUUUCUGGUGCCAUACCUGCUUCUCUCUCCCCCAAUCUCAUUGUAUUAGAGUUAUCCUUCAACUCUUUAUCUGGGAUCAUUCCAACCAUCAUUAGUAACCUGACAAGGCUCGUAGAGUUGAGUCUUCAAAACAAUUCUAUCUCUGGUCCCAUCCCCAACCUGAGCCUCACAGGGCCUAAACUUUUGAACUUGAGCUAUAACAACUUGAAUGGCUCAAUUCCAUAUUCCCUCCAAAAGUACCCUCAUUCCUCAUUUCUUGGGAAUUCUCUCUUAUGUGGGGAACCUCUAAACCAUUGUUCUAAGAUCUCAUCCUCUUCAUCACCUUCACCUUCCCCUAUUUACCUGCCUGCAGCCUCACCUGUAAUCAUGGAAAAUCGACACACCAAAAAGUUAUUUGGCCUAGGGUCUAUCAUUGCUCUGGCGAUUGGGGGAGCUGCUGUGUUCUUUCUUUUGGUCAUCAUGGGCAUCAUGUGCUGUUUUAAAAGGACUAGCAAAAGAAGCAGUGGCAUGUUGAAAGGGAAGAGUGGUGCCUCUAGUGAUGAAAAGACUGAUACGAAGUCUAUAAGUUUCGGAAGUGGAGUGCAAGCGGCAACAAAGAACAAGCUGUUCUUCUUUGAAGGAUGCAAUUACAAUUUUGAUCUUGAGGAUCUACUGAGGGCAUCCGCUGAAGUUCUUGGAAAAGGAAGUUAUGGGACAACCUACAAGGCUGUUUUGGAUGAGGAAACAACUGUUGUAGUGAAAAGGUUAAAGGAAGUUGUUUUGGGUAAGAAGGAGUUUGAGCAGCAUAUGGAGGUUGUGGAGAGGGUUGGAAAGCACCCAAAUGUUCUGCCUCCUAAGGCUUAUUAUUAUUCCAGAGAUGAGAAGCUUUUGGUCUACAACUACAUGCCAGCAGGAAGCUUGUUUGCUCACUUGCAUGGAAGCAGGGAUGCUGGAAGAAUCCCGCUUGAUUGGAAUUCAAGACUAAAGAUAGCUCUUGGAAUUGCAAGGGCAAUUGCUCACAUUCAUUCUGAGGGUGGUGUAAAAUGCAUCCAUGGUAACAUAAAAUCCACCAAUGUCCUCCUAACCGAAGAACUUGAGGCUUGCAUCUCAGAUGUUGGGUUGACUCCUCUAAUGAACUUUCCCGUGGCUACAUCCAUGUCACGAAGAGCUACUGGAUACCGAGCACCAGAGGCAAUUGACAUGCGCAAAAUGUCCGACAAAUCAGAUGUAUACAGCUUUGGUGUGCUCCUACUCGAAAUGCUGACAGGGAAAACCACACUUCAAAAUGCAGGGCACUAUGAUGAUGUUGUGGUUGACCUCCCAAGGUGGGUGAAGUCUGUGGUUCGCGAGGAAUGGACUGCUGAGGUUUUCGAUUUGGAGUUGCUUAAACAACAAGGCAUUGAAGAAGAGAUGGUGCAGAUGCUGCAGAUUGCAUUGGCAUGUGUAGCAAAGCUACCUGAGUCACGCCCCAAAAUGGAUGACGUUGUUAGAAUGCUAGAGGAAUUUCGGCAGUCUGAUACCAAGACUAGGCCUUCCUCUGAAUCUGAGCUUGAUACCCCAUGAAAGCUUUAGUUUCCUUUAUUUGGAAUGGAAUGUAGCAACUUCAGAUGCAUGUCUGCAAUUUGAAAAUAAUGUUCGAUGCUAUUGUUUCCCCAAAAUAAUGUUCGAUGCUAAUGUUGCAAUUUUUGGCCAUUUUCAUUUUUUUCAAAGUUGUAAAUAGGAAUUGUUCUUCUAUUACAACUCCUAUUUACAACUUUGAAAAAAAUGAAAAUGGCAAAAAAUUAUUAUUAAUUCUCAAGUCCAAUAUCUAAUCAGACUUUCUGUUUAUUAUGAC